AUGGGAGUAACAUAAUCUAGUUAAAAUGAACAUUUAGAAAAGUAUUUGGGAUAAGACUUUCCAGAUGGAGAAAUUUUAAUUGGAUUUGAAAAUGUAUCAAUUAAUCAUAUAUUAGCCAAGUAAUAUAUGUUAUUCAAAUGUUAUAUUGUAAGCAUUGUAUUAUUGCAAAGACUUUAGAAAUGGCAUUUUAUAAUAUUAAAGCUUAAAUUAAAACAAUUUAUUAGAUUUGACUAAGUUAUUAUUCCUAUCAAUAUCAAACUAUAAAUAAAAGACAGGAGUAAUUUCGACUAAGAAAAUGAUGAAUUAUAUUAAAACAAAAAAUAAAAUUUUUGAUGGGAAAUAUCAUUAAGAUUCACAUGAAUUUUAUAUGUGGUUUAUUAAUGAAUGUGAAGAAUUAUUAAAGGAUAAAUAAAAUAAUUGGAUUCGAUAAAUAUUUUAAGGAUAGUAAUUAACAUAAAUAGAAUGUUUAAAUUGUCAUACAAGUAAUAUAAAAUAUUAAAGUUAGUUUCUUAAAGAGAAGAAAUGUAUUGUAAUUUGUCUUUAGAUUUAAUUCCUAAUUAUAGUUUGAAUACAUGUUUAUAAUAAAUGUCAAAAGAAGAACAAUUGACAGGUUAAAAUUAAUUCUUUUGUGAUAAAUGUUAAUCUAAAUAAGAUGCAUGUAAAAGGUAUUAAUAUUAAAAUAAAAAAAAGGUUAUUAUUGAAUACAUUACCAAAUGUGUUAGUGAUACAUCUAAAAAGAUUUAAAUAUGAUGAAAGAUAUGGUUAAAUGAUGAAAGUGUCAACAAAAAUACCAUUCUCAUAAUAAUUAAGAAUCAAAGCAUAAAAACAUACUAAAACAUAUGAAUUAACUACUAUAAUAAUUCAUUUAGGAUAAGGGAUAUUGUAUGGACAUUAUAUAUGUAUUACUAAAAUAUAAGGAAAAUGGUUUAAAUUUGAUGAUGAUAAAAUAUCUGUAAUUUAAAAUUAAAAUAUUCUUAGUUAUUUGUUGAUUAAGAUUUACAUUAUAUUUUUGGAAGAAGUUAUCCAACACAAACUUAAACAUGUGCAUAUAUGUUGUUUUAUAAUGCAUAAUGA